AUGGGGAACCCUGAGGAACAGCUGCUACUGUGCUGGCGGAAGCGACGGCGGCGCGGUGGCUGUGUGUCGGCCGCGACAUGCACCAUGUCGCUGAGUGCGUCAACGAACCUGAUCAGCGGCUGCGCGUCCAUGGGCUGCGCGUCCCACGUGAUGCGUACUCAGGCCUGUAGCGCAGCGAGCAUGAGGUCCUUGAGCGCGAUGCGGGUGUCUGGUACAGCACUUGAGCGUCGCGCCGGCUGUGCCCGCCAUUCACCCGCACGUUUUCCGCGUCCUACAGCAGUUGUUCCAACGCGGCCGGGUUGUUCAAGUGCCAGUAUGGCAGCGUCCGCUUCACCGCAUCUACUAACCUGCGCUGCUUGA